AUGGGGAAGGACUUAUUUGCUGAAAGAGAUGACAGGGAAGAGGUUAAGAAGUAUGACGACGAUGUAAUUGGGAUUUACAAAGUGAAGCAUGUGCAUGGCUCUGACAGUUUAAAGUUUGUUGGUCGCAUUCUGAUUGACCGAUCAUUCCUUCUCAACUACUUUCUUCAAACGCAUCAUAUGGAUGGGCGACCAGAUCCACCUGCUGGAACACCAAUUCAAGAAAGUAAUCCAGGAAUCCUGGAACCUUCAGGUGGGUCAUCAAAACCAGUUGAGGAAACUUUAGCAGGAAUCGAUAGAAAAUUGUCUCUUCUCCCCCAAACGGUACCGCAUUUCGUCAAUCGCGAAACAGAAUGCGACGAAAUCAGAAAAUACCUUUCUCCACAGCACAAUUGCAGAUGCCUUCUCAUACAUGGUGUCACUGGUAUAGGGAAGACGACCGUGGCGACGAAAGUGGCAAACGACAUACUGAAUUCUGGGGGAAGUACCGUGGUGAUCUAUGUCAACUGCAGAAACAUAAAACUUUCCCAUGAUUUUGCUGAGAAGGCUCUUCAGCAAGUAUAUCACGCACCUGUGGAGAAUCCAAUACCUGAGCUGAAAAAUCGCUUGAAAAGCCAAGAUUUCUUCACCAUUUUGCUAUUGGAUAAUUUUGAAUUUAUACUUUAUUUGGAUGACAGAAUGCAGCUCCCUGGAAAUGAAUUGUCACUCCAGCAGAAGAACCCAUCUGAGGAAGGAUCGAGGAUUAAGAAUCUAAUCAAUGAAAUUUUAAUGGUGACAGACAACAUCAAACUUCUCCUCACCUCUUCAGAGACAGUUUGUUUUCCGGAAGCAGGUCAAGAAAUGGUUCAUCUGUCACCUUUUAAGCCAGAAGAAUCCGUUGAGCUUUUGAAAAGAGUGUGGAAGGAUAGGCAAGUCAAUAUAACUCAAGCACAUGACUUGUCAGAGAUUUGCAGCGGUAUUCCCUUGGUUCUUUACACCCUGGCCUCCUCCCACAGUGACCUGCCAAGUCUCUUAGAAGCGAUGAGGUGUUCUUCGCCUGCAGGAAAACUCAAGAUCUUGACAAAGAUUCAAACGGUAUCAGCGGAUAAAAAGAUCGACGUUUGUAUCGAUCAUUGCUUCGAGAGGCUUGUUUCGAUAGAAAAGUGUGCCCUUAUCAGAUUUGCAUUACUCAGAGGGCGUUUUUCUCUGUCUGAAGCAGUGAAAAUAUUUCAAUCAACGGAGAUGAGUGCGUCUCAACUCAGACGAAGUGGACUGGAACUGUCCCAGCGAUCACUUCUAGAAGAACACAUUGAUGGGGAUGAAUACUCCUAUACCCUCCUUCGAGUAAUUCGUGAUUAUUGUGAAACUAAGGCAAUGGAGCAGGAGUUUCGUCAAGUGAUCCUAGAUGCUCGGAGAAUGUUUAUCCGCCAUUUUUUAACCUUUCUGGAAGACAUCUUUAAAAUGUUCCUGAGCCAGAACGUGUCAGAAGCUAUUGCAGCCUUUCAGAAAGAUGAAGCGAAUGUCAUGCAGCUCGUUGAAUGGUGCAAAAAUGGCCAAAUGGAUGAAGAACAAACAAGAAGAUGCAUUGAUGUUUUCAACAGCGUAACGGAGCUACUGGCGAAGAUGAUGGGAAAGGCCAAAUUUGAAUAUGCCUUCAAAUCUCUAAGAAAGAGAUGCGAAGAGAUGAAAGAUCAGACGAGACUGAGCGAUUGCCUCACGUCCUUGGGGCUGAAAGAAGUAUUCAGCUGUUCCUGUCCUCCAAUUGGUCCGUGUGCUUUACACGCUGAAAUAGCCAAAGAAUACUUCACGAAGGCUGACCGAAUCCAACGUAAUCUUGGAGUUAAAAAAGGGAACAGCCGAGCUCAGUGCCUUGCCAAACUUGGUCGAUGUAUCGCCACAGUAGGCUUUUUUGAGGAGGCAAAAGAAAAAGUCCAACAGGCAAUCAGAAUUCGAUCGGAAGGACAGGAUGACGACGUUAUGCUCGGUGCAACGUAUAAUGAUCUGGGAGUGAUCCUUUCGCUCGAGGGAAAUCAUGAGCAGGCAAUCAAGGUCAGAGAAAGAAAGACGCUACCCAUUUACAGAAGAACACUGGGUAAACAUCCUUUCACUGCAACCGUCCUCAACAGUCUGUCAAACAAUUAUUUUGCCCAGGGAGAGUACAACACUGCCGAACUACAUUCGAAAGACGCGUUGGAGAUUCGGCUCGAGUUACUGAAGGACCAUCGAGACACCGCUAAGUCGCUUUUUGACCUUGCGAUGGUUCAUAAAAUGAAGGAAGAAUUCAAACCAGCCGAGGAAUAUCUUGAAAGAUGCGAGGCCAUGCAAAAGAAAAUAUUGGAUGACGAAAACAACGAUCUUACAAGGACCAGGAACGAAUUGGAAGAAGUAAAGAGGCAUCUAUAGGGAGCCAUGCAAGGGAACUCCUGAAAUCCGGUAACAAACUCUGACAGAGAAUCUCUUGAUGUGAACCGUCUAAUCUUGUCCAGUUCUGAGUGUCUUCAAGUGUAACAAGGCAGCACUCCUUCGAGAUUCCUCAAGAAUGAAGAUACAGUCAAUUCUGCGUGACGUCUCCUCUUAAACAAUAGUCUUAGUUGAAAAUCUAGGUAAUUAUGACAUCUCCAUUUUUGUCGAAUUUGAGUCUGUUAUGCUCAUGCAAAUGUCUUGAAAACAAGAGCUGAACAUUCAAAUGUUGGUUGCAAUCAUUAUUAUAUUGAACGUCUUAGGUCAAGUCUCACAUCACUGGAUCGCUUUAGUUUCUUCGUAAUGGUGUAAAUAGGUUUGGUUUUAGGAAAGUGCCAUUGUUCUGGACAAGUGAGUCUGGCUAUUUCCAGAAAUCCUAGCCGGAAAGAUUCUUUCUAGGCGUAGUCCUGUCAGUUUGGUGCUAAGGAUUGUAUAUAUGUAUAGAUAUUUAGGAACUUUUCGGCUUGUUCUAUACUGAUUCAAUUCAAUUUAGAAUAGGUGGUAUUUCACUAAAAAUGAAACAGGAAUCGCAAUUGAUGGAGGAUAGCUUAUCCAAGACAUUCAACCGCCUCCUAACAGAAACUCAAUUGAAAUCCUGUCGUGACAAUUUUACGUUGAGGCGCUUUGAAAACGCUGGACAAAAUUAAAAACAGGUAAUUAAGUGUUAACAACUGAGUUGAAAAUGUAAAUUGGCCACCGUAAAGAGUAAAAUAGCUGACGUUUCGAGUGGUAGCCCUUCGUCAAUCUUUUUACGGUGGCCAAUUUACGUUUUCAACUCAGUUGUUAACACUAAAUUACCUGCUAUUCUCUCCCACCGACGCAGCACCACAGUCUCUUUAGAGACUUAACCCCUUUGUUUAUUUAAAAUUUAUAACAGCACGCUUUGAGCAUUGAUUAACAGUAUUCAGGUUAGAAUUCUUUUCACAUCUUCUUAAAGCGAUGAAAAAAAAUCACACCUUCGUUAGAUGCCACGCGCGAGGUAAAAGACAAAAGGAACAAAUAAAAAGAGAUAACAAACGCGCUCUGUGAAAACCUCGAAAAACUUGCUUUUAGCAGUAGUUCAUUCUAAAAACAUUUCUAGAAUUCAGUUUUGACAGUUUUUAGAAAAGUCUUUUACGAGC